AUGGAGCUCCUAGACCCCGCCGCUUUUGAGCUGCCAAGUUCAGAUUCUGGUAGCGGAAUAUCAGAGUGGCUCUGCCCCUCCCCAGUGGUGGCACUGCCUCUGUCGCAAUUCCAUACUCACCGACAUCAACAAGCUGGGCCGCUUAUCCUUCAGCUAUUCCAAUCUAAAGACGCCAAUUUGGAUAGCAGGAGACGAGCUUUGAACCGUAUCCAUUCGCUGAAUGACGAGAUCCACCAGCAUAACGUGGAGAAUGACGUUGACAGGGAAGUUGGAACCAUCGAUGUUGACAUUUUCCUACACGCAUGGGAGGAUCCAGACUCAGGUCCUUACCUAAUGGACUUCUGUAGACUGCACCAUUAUCCCAUUGCUUGGGCGCUUCAGCCACCAAAAAUUGGUAGCGAGUAUCAGCCUUACGAGGAGAUAUACUGGAAGAACUGCGAUUGGAAUACUCCAGGAAUGCUUCUUCGCUUCGUCUGGGAUAUGCGGAAGGCAAGGGUGGACGAAGAUAUUAUCGAGGAUCAGGAGUUGAUCCUCCUGGAGUUUGAAUGCAGCUUCAACAAAAACCUCGGCCGACUCCAUCUAGAACACUCAAAAGCUGGAGGGGUGGCUCACUUUCUCCAGUCCGACUGUCUCCUUGACUCGUACCGAAUAUUGAUCGCGUGUCUGGAAGAGGAAGAACCGGAACUCUACGAGCAACAUCGGCAGAGCCUUCGAAGAGACUGUGCUCUAUAUGAUUAUCCUAUAAGCUGGGUACCUGGGACUUAUGAACAUGAGAGGAAUUGCGUGCGGAGUUAA